AUGGCAGCUUCAAGUCCCCUCCCGCCCAUAACUCUGCUCCCUGCCUCAGCCCCCGAUUUCUACCCCAUAGCCGCCCUGGAAGCGCAUGUCUUCUACUCAGAAGAAUUCUCCGCCGUCGCCUUCGGGCCCACCCGUGACUCCCGAGGAAACUUGCUUUUGCGGGAAAAGACUUUGGCUAGUCAGCCGAAAGAGAAAGGGUCGAAGAAUGUGAUUACGAAAGCUGUUAUUUUGAAAGAGAGUGGAGAGGAGGAAUUGGUUGGUGCUGCGGGGUGGAGUUUUCAUUUGACGAGGGAAGAUGGGGUGGUAAAUGGUGAGAUAGGAGAGGAGGGAAUAGGGGAUGGGAAAGGGGAGAAGAAAGAGAAUGGGUGGGGAGAGGGGGCUAAUGUUAAGCUUUGUGAGGAUGUGUUUUUGGGGGCUGAGAAGCAUAUCGCGAGGAGUACAGAGGGGAGGAGUUAUGCUAAGUUGAAUACUCUUGUGGUGUCACCAGAAUACCAGAGAAGAGGAAUUGGCAAGUUGUUGAUAGAAGAUGGGUUAAAGGAGGCAGAUAGGCUGGGUCUGCAAGCUGUGCUUGGUGCGAGUAAAGAGGGACUGGGGUUGUAUAAAAAGUAUGGGUUUACGGAGUUUGAAGUUAUGGAGGUUAGGUUGUGGGAGUAUGAGGGAGGCGAGGGGAUGGGGCUUGAUAGGCAUGUUGUCAUGCAUCGUCCUGCCGUGAAGUAG